CGCUCGCAGCCGCCAGGGAGGCGGGCACGGACGGACCCGCGCCUCGCUUCCCCGGCCCCGACAGCCCCGAGUCCCGACAGCCCCGGUGCCCAGCAGAGGGAAGCGAUGCUGAUGCUGGACUGCAAUCCAGAGUCUGGUAGUUUCAGCAACCUAUUUGAGACAGGAACUGGUGUGAACGCACCUGCAGAUGCCUCUGGUCAGUCUCCAGCUCACUUGGCUGCUUGUGGAGGUGAAGCUUUUUUCCUACUUUGGCAACUGCAGACAGGAGCAAAUUUGAACCAACAGGACUGCUUUGGAGAAGCCCCAAUCCAUAAAGCAGCAAAAGUUGGGAGUUUGGAAUGUCUUGCUCUUCUUGUUGCUGGUGAUGCUAAAAUUGACUUGUGCAACAACAGUGGACAGACAGCAGCAGACCUUGCACUGGAUUACGGCUUUCUGGAAUGUGCCAAGUUCCUCAGGACAAUUCAGCACACUCAGACAAUGAAACAGAGAGGACAGUCUGGAUACUCGCUAAGUGACAGACAUGGGUUGUGGAGAGAGGGUCCAACUGCACAGAAACAAAGUGAAACCAGCGGAUCCAUAAACAGGAAGAGGAGAAGAGCAGAUGAUCUUGUCUCCUAGCUGCCAGAAGGAACAGCUUGUAAUCCCAACAUGAAAUAAGGGGAAUCCAAAGUCUGAAGAACCAUGACUGGAUGAUAUACACUGAGCAAUCAGAUGUGUGUGCUGGGACAUUGUCUCCUUCU